CGUUUUAGUGCUGUAUAGCACUGCCAUCCAGUUUGAUUUCCGAGUUUGACAUUCGAAAUUGUUUUUCCUCAAUUUUGCACAAAAAGUAGGGAUCAGCAGAGAUGAAGACCACACCAAAGAAGAAGGAGAUGUCCUUGCGCUUGAGGGAGUCACGCCGAGAGGAGCAAAAGUCGGAGACGAGCUACCAACCGCCGGACGACGAUGCGGAUUCGGAUCUGCCCAUUCGGGGUCGUCCCUCGAAGAAGUUGCUGCUCCAGCAGCAACAGCAGCGCCAGUACCAGGUAAAGUUGGAGCCGGAGAUAAAGGCGGUCUCGGCUGGAGCCACCGCCACAGCUUCGACCUCCGCUAUGGGAAUCGUCAUUGGCGGAAGUGGAGGACGCAUCAAGGCCAGGAGAAUGCUCUAUAAGAAGAACGCGGGCAGCGGUGGAGUCGCCCAGAAGGCUCCCGGUGAGUCCUAUGUGAUGCGCCUUUUCGAAAGGAGUUUGGACCUCUCCAAGUACCAGGAUGGAACUCCCUUGUACCCGAUUUGUCGAGCCUGGAUGGCCAAUCAGCCCAGGAAUCCCGCCGUAGCCGCUUUUCAGACGGAUGGAUCUUUGGCCGCCGCCAAACGCGAGGACAACGGUGAGGAAAUCCUGUCUAGACUGCGCAGUGGCGAGAUUAAGGUGCUCACCCAGUUGCCGCAGCCAAAGUCCACGGAUCUGCCCAUCAUCCCGCCCCGUCUGGAGUUCGGUCAGGAGGACAAGAAGCGGGAGAAGGCUCUGGAGGGAGCUAGUGCCGCCGAUCUGCUGGCCUCCAAUGUGGCCCGCUGGAAGAAGGUGCGCGGCCAUUGGCUAAAGCAUGCCCAGACAUACGAGCAAGAGCGCUUUGAAGUUAUUGAUCAGAUUAUGGACGUGGUCUGCAAGAACUGAAAAGGCAUUCAUAGGAAUCUGGUUGGGAAAUGGGGAACGCAAAACGAACAGGACAGAUUAUUACAAGAGGAAUCUAGGAAGGAUCAUCAUAAGGCUUGAUCCUGUCACCAUUGACUUGAAUAAUUGUUUAUUUCUAAUAUGAUUUUCCAUUUUAUAUAUAAAAUAAAAUUUUAUUUUCAAACUA